AUGAGAUCGUUUAUCACAAACAAUGAUAUUCCGGUCGGCUACAUAACGCCGAAGUUCCCAUCUCUGUACUGGCCCAUCAACAGCUCGCGGUAUAACACCGCAUUCUUAUACUAUAUCACGGACAUUUGGAAGUUUUCACUCUACUGGACCUUGAUCUUUAACGGUGCAUUCUACGUGGCUACUGGUCUGUACGCAAGCCUCACGCAUAGGAAAAAAGCUGGUAGUAUAUGGAUUUUCGUCAUGUACGUCACUUUUGGCGGCGUGCAGGGCCUGACAGCGGGUACAAUCAUGGGAUUCCUGAUAGGCGCCAUCUACAGAUCUGGACUGUUUUCUAUGUCCACCUGGAUCCCACUUUGUUGCGCAGUGGUUCAGAUCCUUUUUGACGUGGUCCUGGGCUACUCAAUGGUCGGUUCUAUCAUGUGA